ACGUACAAUAUGUGCGACUUGGGUAUCAACAUGCGGGAUGAAUGUGUUGAUGUAGUCAACGUGUGAAAUGAGAAACAAAUGAUUUACAUUCCAUAAAGCUGUCAAGAUAUUUAAGAUUUACCAGUUCCAGUCAGCAUCAUGGCGAACACACAUCUUCAGUUCAAGACGAACUACGCGGUUUCCAGCAAGAUCGAGCCGUUUUACAAAGGAGGGAAAGUGCAAAUUAGCAACGAUGAGAAGUACAUCUUCUGCACAUGUGGAUCCCGGGUCAAUGUUUUGGAGAUCAGCACAGGCAAGAUCGUCCACUGUGUUGAGCACGAUGAUCAAGAAGACAUUACAUCAUUUGCUUUGAGCUGUGAUGAUGAGGUGCUGGUAACAGCUAGCCGGGCCCUUCUGCUAAAGCAGUGGGACUGGAAGCAAGCUAGCUGCACUCGCUCCUGGAGGGCCAUUCACACUAUUCCUGUUGCCAGCAUGACCUUUGACUCCACCUCCACACUUUUAGCUACAGGUGGCUGUGACGGCACUAUAAAGCUUUGGGAUGUCGUGAGACAGUAUUGCACUCAUAACCUUAAAGGAUCAUCUGGUGUUGUUCACUUGGUUCAGUUUCACCCAGACAUCAACAAGCUGCAGCUCUUCUCCUCCUCCCUGGACUGUGGGAUUCGACUGUGGGACUUGCGCUCCAGCCAGUGUGUGUGUGUGCUGCAGAGCCACUACAGUGUUGUCACCUCCCUCAGCUUCAGCUGUGACGGCGACACUGUGGUCAGUUCUGGUAGAGACAAAAUCUGUAUAGUGUGGGACCUCAAAACUCACCAAGCUAAGAAAACGGUUCCAGUUUAUGAGGCUGUAGAGGGUGUGGUACUGCUACCGGAGGAUGCAGAUCUGUCUCCGAUUGGAGUGAAGAGCAAGGGUUUGCAUUUCAUCACGGCUGGCAGCAAAGGCGUACUCAGGGUGUGGAAUGCCAGCACUGCUCGCUGUGUGUACAUCCAGUCCCUCCCCUCCACUCUCACCUCAGUCUCUGAAGAGGAGGAAGAGAAGGACGACGAUCCUCGCAGUCUGACUCAUCUUUUUCACCUGCCCACCUCCUCUAGAUUGGCCACAGUCACUGCAGAACAUAACAUACUCCUCUACCAGCUACCUGAGCUCACCACACAGCAACAGUUUGUGGGGUAUAAUGACGAGGUGCUGGACGUGAAGUUCUUGGGCAAAGGUGACAGUCACGUUGUGGUGGCCACUAACAGCUCCCAGCUGAAGGUGUUUGAACUGCUCACCAGCAGCUGCCAGAUCCUCUACGGACACACAGAUACUGUCCUCACACUGGAUGUGUUCAAAAAUGGCUCUGCCUUUGCAAGCUGUUCAAAGGACAGGUCGGUGCGUGUGUGGCAGAUGCACACCAACAGCGGUCAGGUGCGAUGUGUGGCUCAGGGCUCCAGUCAUGCCAAUGAUGUAGGCUCCAUCAGCUGCUCCAGAAUGAAAGCAUCUUUUGUAGUGACCGGUAGUCAGGACUGUACAGUGAAAGUGUGGGAUCUACCAGCAGAAUUUUCUAUAGCAGGGGAGGAAAUUCAUCAGCUGAAACCCCGCAGCACAGAGAAGGCACACGAUAAGGAUGUAAACAGUGUUGCAGUAUCCCCUAAUGACAAGCUGCUGGCCACAGGCUCCCAGGAUCGCACAGCCAAGCUGUGGUCUUUGACAGGAGAGGGAAACGUUGGCCUUCUAGGGGUGUUUCGGGGCCACCGUCGUGGGAUUUGGACAGUUUGCUUCUCUCCUGUCGAUCAGGUGCUGGCCACCUCAUCUGCAGAUGGCACUACAAAACUGUGGAGCCUGCAAGACUUCAGCUGCCUCAAGACAUUUGAAGGUCAUGAUGCAUCAGUUCUUAAGGUCAUCUUUGUGAGCCGCGGCACUCAGCUGCUGACCAGUGGCUCAGAUGGCUUAGUGAAGCUGUGGACCAUAAAGACCAACGAGUGUGUGAAGACACUGGAUGCUCAUCAGGAUAAAGUGUGGGGUCUCCACGGCAGUCGUAAAGAUGACAAAAUGGUGACCGGCUCAGCCGACUCGAACAUCACAGUGUGGAUGGAUGUGACGGAAGUGGAACUGGCAGAAGAACAGGCCAAGCAUGAAGAUCAGAUACUGAAGCAGCAGGAGUUGUCCAACCUGCUCCAUGAGAAGAAGUAUCUAAAGGCCCUGGGACUCGCCAUCUCCCUGGACCAGCCUCACACUGUGCUCACUGUUAUCAGAGCGAUUCGUCAGGGGGAGAACGGCCAUGAGCUGCUGGAAAAAACACUGCUGAAGCUGCGGAUAGAUCAGAAAGAGUCCAUCCUGCGCUUCUGCGUCGUGUGGAACACCAACGCUAGGAACUGUCUGGAUGCUCAAGCCGUCCUCCGGGUGCUCCUCACACAUCUGCCGCCUGAGGAGCUGCUGCAGUACCAGGGCGCCCGGGCACAUCUGGAGGGUCUCAUCCCGUAUACAGAGAGACACAUGCAGAGGAUAGGCCGCCUGCUGCAGGCGUCCAUGUUUCUUAACUACAUGUGGCAGAAAAUGAGAGUAGUUGGAGCAGAAUCCAGUUUGGGCCAAGAUGAAGAAAUGGAUGCUUCUCUUCUGGCUCAGACCCAGCCUUUGAUUUUCAUAGACAAAGAUGAAGGAAAGGGCAAUAUUGAUGAAAGACAGAACCAAGGUGAUGAUGGGGACAGCGGGCAAGAUGAAGAUCCAAACUGCCACAUGGAAGAUGAAGAAGAAGUUGAGGAAAUCAGUGUCACCAAGAAAGCCUCCACCAAUGAGAAGCAUAUAGAAAACAAGGGGAUCACAAAAACCAAUGGCAACCAUCAUGAAAGUGAAGAAAGUGAAGAAAGCUCAGAAGACGAAGAUCCAGAAGAAGAUGAAAAGGAUCAGUCAGAGCAAGUGAUGAAAAAUCUGCCUGCUUCUUCCACUUCACAAUGUCAGACUUUAAGCUGACACGAGUCAGCAAGCUGAACAUAGAUGCUUCACCUCUGGGAGAAUUUCACUUUCAGCUGGAGUAACCGAGGCAGCAGCACAGAGAGAAAGCGGUGAAUUCAUAACGCUGAUAAAAUUAUUUCUCUGUGUAUAUUAAAGACUUUCUGUCAUCCUACUUCAGAUGUAAAUCAGUUCCUCCAUACAGAUUUUAAACAGCAUAUAAAGAGGCUUUUGAUGUUUUCCCCAUCAAAUAGUGGCAGAUAGACGGACGGGAGGAGGAAAUAGCUGUAUACACAUACAGACUGUGUGGCAGGACCAUUUUCACUCACAGCAGAUCACAGACCACGUUCUCCUCAUGUAACCCACACAGAAAAGUUUUAUAUGUGACCACACAUUUUGUUAAGACUACAAAUGUUUAUAAAAUAAAAAGUGAUGUAACAAGA